AUGGUGAAGGACAUGGCCUGGAAAACGAUGUUCGCAAAACUUAGCGAUUAUGCGCGACAGUUAGGAGAAGCAAAUAAGAAGUAUUUGGACAAAAUAGCAGUUCUGAAAGGCACGGAUCCAUAUUCGUUGUCGGUCAAGACAUUUAUUCUGGCAUUGGAUAGUUUGCCAAAAAUAACAACAGAGGCUAUUACAGACUUUCUCAUUUUUCGCAUAAGUUCAGAGAGUCAAAAAGAUAUCCGAGCAUACAAGUCGUUGGAUGCGUUUGCACGCAAAUGGGUUGAAGAUAUCAAAGCCCAAGAAAUCAGGGACUGCUUAUGUAUAAUUGGAAAAGUGAUGCAUUCACAAAAGGUUAAUGAACCUAGCCUGAAUGUUUGGAUAACGUUGUUCAAAAGUGGACAAAUUUUAAACUGCCACUGCAUGUGUGUGGCAGGGCUUGAAGAGGCAUGCACUCAUGCUGCUGCAAUCUUAUUUGCAUUAGAAUAUGCAGGUAAACAAGAACAGUCUGUAACGGACGUACUGGCAUAUUGGAUAGGACCAAAAACAAAGAAACAGUUUCAUAAAAAAAUAGUUGACACAACAUUCCAAUUGCCACAACGAGUACUGCAAUCUGGCGACAAAGACAUACUGCCAGUUGCAAUGGGUGCUGUACCAGAAAUGGCCGAUACCGAAGAUGAAGAAUUUUUGAAAUUGUAUCGAGAAGACGGUGGCUCGUGCGUUUUACAUACAUACUUCAAAGAAUCGGUCGCAAGUCGUUGGCCUGACUUAUCUCAAUUGUUCGAAGAACAAUUUGUAAACAAAACUUUAGAAGAACUCCUGGCUGUUGGGGAAGGGUUAUGUUUAGACAUAACAGACGAAACCCUGAUAAACAUUGAAGAAGCCACACGAAACCAAGCAAAGUGCAAUCUAUGGUUCGCAUUGCGAGCAGGACGGGUUACAGCGUCGAAUUUUCGUGCUGUAUGUGCAACGCGUGUACAAAAACCAUCUAUAUCCUUAUUAGGGGAAACCGGUCAAAUACCGCGCACUUAAGAAAUUUUGCUUGUAAAAAAGUUGGGUUAAAGAUUUUUUAAACGCGCUUUUGUCUACUGGUAUGUACAUGCGUAAGGUAUCU